UGUUUCAAACAGUUUGUGUGGGAGAAUGUUGAAUUGUUGACAAUAGUUGAAGCGCGACGAAUAUAUUUUUUAGAAUGUGUCUGACAAAUAAUGUGUAUCUAUUAAAAUUUAAUUUAAAUAGAUUAAUUAUUUUGAUGAGAAAAAGAUAUUGAACGAUCAAAAUGAAAAUUUGUUGAAUAAUUGUUAUUAAUUUAUUAACAUGGUCGUUUAUUACAACACAUACUUUUAUUUAUGUCAUUCAACAAUAUGACUUGUAUAUCCAUUUAGUGAUAAUUAAUGAUAAAAUAUAUGUAAUGUAAUAAAUUUUUGUAAUUAUAACGAUGCAAUGAGGACACAUGAGGUUACAUUGGAUUUAAUUGUCAUAAAAAUGAUCAAAUUUGGAGUUUUGUAAUAAUUACUGUGUAAUUUGUGCGAACUAUUUAGUCAAUUAUAUAUUUUGCAAGAAUGAAUGGGGAGGAAGAAUAUAAUGUUGCCACUAGGUACCGAACAGUUAGAAAACAUUUGGAUAACUUGGGAUACAAGCAAGCACUGUCAAUAGAUGCUUUACCUCUGAUAGAAACUUUACUAUCUGAUCUGAUACAAACUACAGACAGUCUUAAACAUUUUAAAGCCAUUGCUCAGGAGAAUGUUGAGGCACAUAGCCAGUUGCAAUUGACAGUUGAUCCCUACAAAUGUGAUAAUGCAAGAUUAGUGCGAGAAUGUAACCAGCUUCACUCGGAUCUGAUAGAGGCUAAAGAAGCACAUCAGAAACAAACCAAGGAUCUUAAGAAGCAAAUAUAUAAGUUAGAAUGUGAAUGCAAUGAUUUGCAAUUGGCAUCUUCACAUAACAUACAUAAGAUAAAGGAGCUGGAAACAGAGUCGGCUGCCAAAUCUAAAAAGAUAUUAGAACUUCAAGGCAAAUGUUUAAAGCCAACUAUUAUUAAUGUGGGAUUUUCUGCUAAGAAGCGUCCCUGCUUUCCUCUUAGAAGACCUGUCUUAGAAGCUGAGCCAAUGCCAAGGGCAAAGAGCAAUCACUCACUGCCAAAAUUAAGCAGCGUUGAACCUAAGAUAAUAGAUAUAAUAAGCAUGGCGGAUCACAAGAUGAACUGUUUAAAUCAGGAAGUAACAAAAUUACGAGGGGAGCUUUUAUUGCAAACAGAUACUAUAGAGACCCUUGAAAAACAGCUAGCUACAAAAGAAAAAGAAAUAAUUCGACUAAGAAAAAUGUUGGAAGGUGGACAUUCCUAUGUCGCAGUUUGCAAAGAUUGCAUUUGCAAGAAAAUGGAAAAGAAAAUUGGUGCUGCCAAUGAUAUAGAAAUUAUUAGUGAAGUAAAGAUUCUUCAACAUGCCAAACAAGAGUUAGAACAACAACUAAAAGAAUCUCUAAAUAAACAACACGAAGCAAUGUCUCAGGCAAUGAAACUAGCAAAACGAAAUGAAGAAUUAGAAAAAGAAUUGAAAGAUAUAGAUCAUGUUGCAUUAGCUGUAGAGGCCGACUGCAAUUCUGCAGUUAAAGAAAAUAAUAGAAGAGUUUGUAGACUUCAGGAGAAAUUAGAAGAUGUCAUGAAACAGCUUCAUGUCUUAGAACACGAGUUAAUUGUAGAACGCAGAGAGGUGCAGGAAUUGAGAGCAGAUCUAGAAUCUUGCAGGCUUGAGAAACGUAACGUCCAACGCACUUUAGAACAUACAUUAGAUGAAAAGAAACAAAUGUCUGAUAAGAUCAAUCAACUAGCAAUCAUUGAAAAAAAUUUAAAGAAUGAGGUGGAAAGACUGAUUAAAGAAAACGAAUACCAAAGACAAGCAUUCAAAAACUAUAAAAAUGAAAAAUGUACUGUAGAUCAUCAGGGAAAAGUUAAAGAUGGAGAAAUUACAGAGAAUGCAGAUAAUCUUGACAUGCAAAGAUUGAUUGAUGAAGCAAAUUUGAAAAUUGUGUCUUUGCAACAGACAAUUCAGCGAUUGGAGACAGAACGAGAUCACUACAAGAAAGAAUACAUUAAUUGUCGAGAUGAGCAAUACAGAGUAUCUGAUAAAGAUAAUGCUGAUUUAUGGACACGAAUAGGUGAAUUGAAACACGAAUUAAUCAAUAUGGAACAAGCUUUAAGCAAAGCGCAACGAGAGAAAGAAGAGCUGUAUUAUCAAAAAGAGGAUCUGGAAGCACGUCUGAAAACUUAUAAGGAAAAUCAGAGAUGUAUCCCUUGUAGAUCGUGCAAACCUGUCUGUAAUUGUAUCUGUGCAUCUGAUUCGCCGAUAUUCGCGACAAAGACAAUGCUUGAACAUCUGGAACUAGAGCGGGAUACAGUUAGAGCAGAUGUUGAACGACUCAUAGAGGAACGUGAUGCGUUGCGGGAGAGACUUAAGAUGAUAUCGGAAGCGCAUACGAGUGAACAGCUUCGCCUCAAAGAGAGUUUAGCCCAGGCGGAGACACGGUUGAAACAUACUGAGAAAGAACUACAAGAUCUGUUGGUCACUCAGGGUACGAGGAGGACGACGAUAAACGGUCUCGAGGAUCAGUUGAGCGAUGUCCAAGAGGAGCUGCACCGUACGAAGCAAGAAUUAAUGGCGCAGCGGACGCAAUAUUUUCAAUUACGAACACUGCAGGAUCAAACGGAUCAAGCACUCGGGGACGUGCAGGGUCAAUUGUCGCAGACAGAAUCGGAAUUGAACAAGGCUAUGGACCGCAAUAAAGGUAUGGAGCAACAACAGGCGCAAUUGAAUGAUCAAAUCAAGGAGCUGAAGCAAGAAAUCAAUAAUCUACGCGCAAACAUGACACUUCUGGAUCAAGAGAAGGAUCGACUAUUGAUGGCAUUGGACGAGAAAACUGAAAAGAUUGCGGCAUUAGAACGAGAAUUGGUACAUAAGGACCAAGAAGCAGAUGGGAUACAACAACAAAUCCGUGAUUUACAACAUAAAAAUGAAAUAUGCAUCGAUCAGAGUGCGGAGCGGGAACGUCAGCUGAGAUCGCUGCAACUAGAAUUGGAGACGGUACAGAGGCAACUCAAGGCCGCGUCGAUGGACCGCGAGAACGCAAUCGAGGAGAACCGGAAGCUGCAGGAUGAUUUGGCGGCGAUGACCUGCGAGGUGCAGAACCUUCAACGCGAAUUGGAGACCUCGCGCGCCGAGUGCUACGAUCUUAAGAGACAGUUGCAGACUUACGUCAGCGAAGUACGUCGCGCCGAGGAUCUCCUGAAUCGAAAAGAGAACGAGAGAACGGAGAUGCUGAACCAUUUCCGCAGUCUCAGCUUAGAGGCGACGGUCUUGGAGAAUAGCAAUCACAGCUUAGAGUCCGAGGCGGCGGAAGCUAAAGGAGCCCUUGAAAACGCGAGACAUCAAAUAGCCGAUCUGGAGCGUUUAUUGUCCGACAGGGAUUGUUUGAUAAAAGGCUACGAGACUCAGAUAAGCAAUUUAACGCAAAGCGUCGCUAGCAUGGAAACGCAGCUGCGACAACAGAUCGAACAGAGGCACCGAGCUGAGACUGAUUUAUUGGCGGUCAGAGAUCUAUGCGUGAAAUUAGAUCAACAGAAAGAUACACUUAUGCAACAACUUAGUGACAAAAAUCAUAUAAAGGAACAUUGUGAAGCGCAAGUAUCGAAGCUGAAAGCCGAGCAGAGUAUCAUGCAAGAACAGAUGACUAGAGAUCGCGUGAUUGUGGAACGAUUGGAGACUCUUUUGGACCAAACGAGGCAGGAGUCCAUCAAUGCGCAGGCCACUAAUCAGGAGCUGCAAAAUGAAAUCUCCAGAUUAAAACAGAAAGUUUCCGAACUUCAAAGUAAACUAUCGUCAGAAUCCGAAGAGCUUAGACAGUAUCAGAAUCAAGCGGCGGAAUACAGUAAACAGAUCAGUGAACUCCGUAGACAAGUUACCAAUGAAAGAUUUGACCGUGCGAGAAAGGAAGAACAGAAUCGCAGGUCGCUAAAUUCGAGUCCAGACAGUUUCAAUGUAGAUUUAAAUGUAGUUAUAUAGAGAAUACCAGCAUACGAUGUCUCUUAGUCCUAUAAGAAUAAAAUAAGGAUAAUGUCAAUAGAAUAGAUAAAGAUACUGCAAAAAUAUAUGAUCGAUUUAACAUAUCGAGUGUUGGCAAUAUGGAUAUAAUUUGCAGAUGCGCGAAGAAAAAUGUGUUAUGACACAAUCGUAUAAAUAUUGACGCUCGCGAUAUAUAUUUUAUUAACAUAAUUCUUUAUCUAAAAUGUGGAUAGAACAUCCGUUGUACGAUAAAUCGUACAGCUGAAAAACUAAACCAUUUUCAAGCAAGAAAAAUGAGAUAUUAUGUAGCAAUGGCAAAAACUUUUGAAUAUCUAGAACAUGCAUCAUGCAAAUUGAGAUUACAUCAUAAGUCUUUAUACAGGAAAAGAUGCAAAAGAUCAAACUUAUAUGUGAAAGAUAACACAAUGCAAGUAUGUAUAUAAAUAAAUUAAGAGAAAAGAUAAUGUACGAUAUUACAAUAAUUUUGAUGGUAUAAUCAAGAGAAAGUGAAAAGAUUCAUUAAUCUGAUAUAUAUAAUAAUUUAUCUAAUUGUGAAAAAUAUUUCGAAUAUUAAGAAUACAUGGAUUAAUAUUGUAUGAAUUUAUACUAAAAAAAAUUUUAAUUUUCACAAAGAUUUAAUCAAUAAUAAACUUGAGCACUCUUAGAAUUUUCGAAAGAUGUGUGUAUAUAUAUAUAGAAUAACUAUUGAGAUGUUACAUUGAAAUACGUUCACAUUGAGAGAAAAAAUGGAAAAAAUGUUUGUAAAUAUUGAUCGAGAUCAAAGAUUAUCUAAAAAAUUUAGAGCAAAAAUUAACUAUAUUAAACAAGUUUUAAAUAAAGAAGAGAUAUGAGUAAUAUAAGUGAAAAGAAAUAUGACGAAAUCACAAACAAUGGCAUGCAUCUUUUAAAGAACAAAUAAUUUCUACGAAAAUAAAGUAAUUUAAAUAUUUUUAGCAUCUCUCCAAGAGUACAAAUUUGUAUAUUCUCAAGUUUUAUAUUUUUAAGGUUUUGUAUACUCUAUUUAUAUAUCGCAAUAAAUUUUAUACUUUUCACAAUUUUUUUUAACUGAAAUAUUAUAUAUAUCGUAAUUAAAUAUUAAAAAUAAAUGGCAUAAAUGAAAAAUAGAUAACACAUAAUUAUACUUAUUGUAUAAUACAUACGUGAAGAUAUAAGAUAAGGCUUGCAUCGUCCAGUUCUUCUGCCUUUUACCUUUGAUAAUAUUUUUGGGUCACUUACAUAUUUAUUUGCAAUACGACGGAGAGAAGAGAAAGAACCACACAACAUUUUAUAUAUAUCUUUCCCAUAUUCUCCUUCGUAUUUAGUAAUUUAUUAUAUCGUUUUUUUUUUAUUCCUUUACACAGAUGUUUAUUUAUGAUCUCAAUGAUCGUACGAAACGGUGAACAUGUAAACUAGGUAAUUACAAAUAAUAAAAAUAAAAAGCCUCUCACAAGAUUUUCGUCCUCCUAAAAACGUUCAGCUAUUAAACUUGUUUUUAUAUAUUUAUAUAUAAAAUACAUAAUAGAGGCUCGCACAGGGUCCAUUAUCAUAUUUUUAUGUUUAUUCAUAAACGGCUAUUUUGCAAUAUAAGACAAAGCCGUUCCUCAACACAUUCUCUUUCUCUCUUCGCGCCGAACGAGUUAAAUUAAUUACAAAAAUCCGUUCCUUUGCAACUUCUACGUCUUGUCACAAACUAUUAUAAUACAAGAAUCUUUUCCUUUGUUUCUCUUAUUAUAUAGACGCGUUAAACUUAUAAUCUUAAGAAAUUUACACAGAGGUUUUAACAUCGUGAAUGAAAUACAGGUAUUAUGUACACGUAUGUAUAUUAUAUAUAUGAAUAUGAUUAGAGCUUAUAUUCUUAUUUUUUUGUGUUCUAGAAAACUCAAUAAACCAUAAAUGCAAUCUAUGCCGGUCACAAAGUGACGUCCGAGAACAUAAAACACUUGUCAAUCUAAUGCUUCAAACCGUUUAAAAUAAAAUAAAGAUUCAUUAUAUUCUUAAAUUAUAUAUAUUGAGUUUUCUGAUUAAUCAAAUAGCUGAUUAAUUUUUAUUCGACCGUACUUGGUUUAUAAGAUUCGGAGAAAAUCAUCAUUUCUUAUUAUAUCUUCUUUUUUUUAUACACCGUAUAAUACAAAAGAAAAUCUACGAUCUUCCAUAGCAAUUUUUGUGAAAGCAAAUAAUGUUGAAGUAUUGCGCCAAAAGACAACUUUGUCAUUAUGCGCUGCAACAAUUAUAUUGCAUUUCACGCGAUAUCACAAUAAAUUUCGUCUACUGUUGCAUAAGCUUGUGUUAAAUGUUAUAUUUAUUCGAGACACUCGAAGCGAUAUAUGUAGUUUGCAAGUACAACUAAGCUGCCACGAGAGAAUUAAACGGAAACAUUUUCAAUGAGUGGAUAUCAGCAAUGAAAACUAAGUUAACCGAAUAUUCAAGAGAGAAAAAACAGAAAAUUCAAUAUUACACUCGAUCAUUUGUCAUUUAAAGUUUAAAGUAUAAAAUCAUUUUGUCAUUUAAAGUACAAUCUUAGGCCUUUUAAUCUGGAUGUAAAACUUCGUUUGAAAAUUAUUUGAUAUUUGUAACUUGGUUAACUUGCAAAUAAUAUUACUGUUGGUCUCGAAAUAUUUGCAAAGUAUUCUCUUCGAUUGGAAGUUACGCUAAAUGACAAAGUCAUUUUGUAAACGAAAAUUUAACGAUUUGCCGCGUAUUACAUAACAGGCGAGCGUAAAAAUUUUUUUUCUCUAGGUAUGUUGACACAUUGUAGAAGUCGAAUUGGCUAGGAAUCGUUGAUCUAAAACUGAUCUAAACUAGACAUCGUUAAAUUUACGCAGUGAUAUGAAUGUCCUGCUGUAUUGACGAACUCGCUAGCAUGCCAAUGCAUGUUACUGUUAUAUCUUACUAAUUUUUUUGACGAUAAUUAGAUUAGUUAAUAAUAAUAAAACAAAGAGAGACGAUAAUAUAGCCGUGUAACUGCAAUAUGCAAUUAUAUAAGCAAAUGAUAAAUUCUUAACAAAUACAUUUCAUAAAAAGA